CACGAAACUCCUGCAGAGCAGCAUAUGAGGAGCUGCUGACAUGCUGUCUGACAAGUGGGCUUUGGUGAUUCUGCUCUUGCAGCUCUGCAGCACUGACUGUGGAUUCUGUGGGAAAGUUCUGGUGUGGCCGUGUGACAUGAGCCACUGGCUCAAUAUGAAGAUUAUUCUGGAGGAACUCACAGAGAGAGGACAUGAGGUGACAGUGUUGACACCUGAACAUACUCAGCUCAUUGAUUACAAGAAGCCUUCCCGACUGAACUUUGAGAUAUUUUAUUCACCACAUGACAAAGAACUAAUUGAGACUGUAAAUGUUAAAUUUAUGGAUCUAGUUCUUAAUGUCUUACCACUCUGGCAAUCAGUGAUAAAAAUGAACAAUUUCUUUGUUGAAAUAAAUCAAAUUUUAAAAUCCAUGUGUGAGAGUACAGUCUACAAUCAGACGCUCAUGAGGAAGCUGCAGGAAACCAACUACGAUGUAAUGGUUAUAGACCCUGUGAUGCCCUGUGGAGAGCUGGUGGCUGAAUUGCUUGCAGUCCCUUCUGUGUUCACUUUAAGAGCCUCUUUAGCCGGCAUAAAGGAGAAACACUGUGGGAAACUUCCAGCUCCACUUUCCUAUGUACCUGUUCAGAUGGUGGGACUAACAGACCGAAUGACCUUUCUGGAAAGAGUAAAAAAUGCAAUGCUUUCAGUUUUCUUUGACUUCUGGGACCAAUAUUCUGACAUUCGUUUUUGGGACCAGGUUUUUACUGAGGCAUUAGGAAGACGCACUACAUUAUGUGAGACUCUGGGGAAAGCUGAAAUUUGGCUAAUUCGAACAUAUUGGGAUUUUGAAUUUCCUCGUCCAUACCUACCUAAUUUUGAAUUUGUUGGAGGACUGCAUUGCAAACCUGCAAAACCUUUACCUAAGGAAAUAGAAGAAUUUGUCCAGAACUCAGGCAAAGAUGGUAUUGUGGUAUUUUCUCUGGGUGCAACCCUCCAAAAUCUCCCAGAAGAGAAGGCCAAUCUUAUUGCCUCAGCCCUAGCCCAGAUUCCACAGAAGGUUUUAUGGAGAUACACAGGAAAGAAACCAGCCACAUUAGGAGCCAAUACUCGGCUCUAUCACUGGCUACCCCAGAAUGAUCUUCUUGGUCACCCCAAAACCAAAGCUUUUCUUACUCAUGGUGGAAUAAAUGGGAUCUAUGAAGCUAUUUAUCAUGGAGUCCCUAUGGUGGGAGUCCCCAUAUUUGGCGAUCAGCAUGAUAACAUUGCUCACAUGAAGGCCAAAGGAGCAGCUGUGGAGUUGAACAUGAACACCAUGACCAGUGCAGAUAUGCUCAGCGCCUUGAGAACAGUCAUUAAUGAUCCUUCUUAUAAAGAGAACAUAAUGAAAUUAUCAAGGAUUCACCAUGAUCAACCUGUGAAGCCCCUGGAUCGAGCAGUCUUCUGGAUCGAGUUUGUCAUGCGCCACAAAGGAGCCAAGCACCUGCGCCCAGCCAUCCACGACCUCACCUGGUUCCAGUACCACUCUUUGGAUGUGAUUGGGUUUCUGAUGGCCUGUGCAGCAUCUGCUAUAUUCUUAGUCACCAAAUGUUGUCUAUUUUUUUGUAGAAAAUGUGGGAAAACAGAAAAGAAGAAAAAGAGGAAAUAGAUCCUUCUAAGUUCAACAAUGUUCUGAGUGGAGUAUCCUGUUCAUUUCCACCACAAUUUUUUUGAUGAGACCACCACCCCUCUGUCCUGUUCUCAUAUUUCCCAUUUCUCUAUUUUAGUGUAAACGGAAAGCCGAGACUUCCACAAGACCACUAACUAGUGAGCAUGUCCCAUUCUUCCUUUUUCUAUCCCAGCUGUUCCUAACCUCUUCCGUUUUCCCCAAUUUCUGCACAAGAGCAUUAACAAUACAUAGGACAUUGUCUCAGCUAAAACCAUAAAAAGUUUUCAUUAACUAAUAGGACACAUGAUAAAAUCAGCAAAUUGCAUCGAUAUUAGACUUUGUUGCAUUUCCGUGGCUAUAAUUAUGUUUCUUAGUCAUAUACAAUGUUGACAUCAAUACCACGAUUUUUACUAUGACUUCAUGCCCAUGGUUCCAUAUGUUGGCAAAAAUACUACAAAGAGCAGGGCCUGGGAGGGUAUUUUGUAUUUAGAAAUUAUAACUACUUCUAUGGAGAAAAUGGAUGCAUCCUCUAGGAUGGAAGGUGACCAAUGCAAUCUUCUACCCUCUGGAUGGCUAGAACCCUAGGGAGUGGUGUCACAUUGAGAAUGAGGUGGAGAAAUAUCUUCUAACACUGAGCAUAGAAACAGCUGAAGUAGGUUGAUGAGGCUUGGUAAGGUGAAUUCCAUGCUGUGCAUUCAUGUAUAGUUUCCAUCCCAUUCUUCAUUGCUUCUCUGUACAUGAGUUUUAUGAUCAAAUUCUGGAAAGUCUGGAAAAAGACAGUGGCAUACACAGGACUGUUCAUCCAGAACACCUUAUUAUUGAGGUAUUUGUCUACAACACUUGAUUUCUAGAGAAAUUUGCAGUGGAAUAUGAAGAGCUUCAUAAUCUAUGCAAAUGGAAAAAAUGUUUAUCUACAUAAUUCUACCCCAGACUUUUUUGCCUUUAAUCUUAUCUCUAAAUCUUCCCAAGUCUUGGACCAAUCAAUGAAUCCAUUAGUCACUGUUCAUGAGUCUAUAGAUCUAUAAAGCAGGCCAUUCUCUUUAUAAUUCAAUGCUUGUUUUAUAGAUUUUAAGAUGAUAAUAGCUUCAUUUAUAUAAAAUUAUAUAAUUUCCCAUUGAAUGAAACAUUUUGUAAUCAUUUUUAAUUGACUUUCAUUUUUGGUAAUGCUUUUUGAGUGAAAAUCAAUUAUUUCUAAUAUCAAUAUAACAACAUCUAUAUUCAUUUGUCAAAUGUAUAUAUAUUUUUCAUAUAUUUACUUUAAAUGUUUUUAUGUUUCAAUGCUUCAUGUUUUCUUUUUAGUCAAACUAUAACUAGAUUUUUAUAAAUUAACUGUAUAGAUUUUCUAAACACAAAAUUUUCAACUUUUGUGUAUUAGUAAACCACUGUAUUUCAUUUUCUCUUUCUUUUCAUGGAUUUUCCAUGUUUCUGAUUAUCUUUCCCCAUUUUUCUUUUGUUCCAUAUAACUGAUGGUGUGUUUUUUGUUUUGCUGUGCUUUUCCAAUUUUUUCAUUUACUUAUUUGAAAGUUAGACAUUGAGUAAUAUUUAGGUGUGCCUCUUUUAACCAGCAUUAACUGAAUUUUUAUAAUCUAAUAUGUUUUACAUCUUUUACUAGGUAAUUUUAUCCAGUUACAUUUGCUAGGAUAACUGACAUAUUUUAUUUUUAUGACCAUGUGAUCAAGAUAUUGUACACAAGAACUCAGUAACAUGGCCACACCUAAACAGCCUAGUAAACGUUGUCUCUAAAUAUCCAUCUACCUAAUAUAAUUCGUACCUGAAAUAUUGAAAAUUGCUAACCAUUGUAGACUCUCACCUUUUGCCUCAACUACAAUAAGGCAUUUGGUAUGUGCCAAGGCUAAUUCCAAGAUUUAUAUGAAAUUAAAACAAUCUUAUUGGAAUUACUAUGUGAGCUUAGAAAAUAUAAUCAUUAUGUAAAAAUUAUACAUGUGGUGCCUCUCAAUGACUAAACUACCAAUUAUUAAAUAGUUUUAUAAAUCAAUACAUUAUCUUUAUAACUCAAAAGUAUGUGAAUAAUAUAAAUAAAGGAAAUGGUUAUUAGUCACUUAUAAUUCACUCUUUUGAUCCACAAUGCCUCACAUAUAACAUUACAAUUAAACCUUAUGUAAUAAUUA